UUAUCAGACAAAAGUCCGUUGACAACAGCCAAACAAAAAUUGAAAACACUUCUCGCGAUGCAGAUGUUCAGGGCAACGAAAAUAGAGACGAUGUCGUGCGAACAGCAAGCGAGAUUCGUCCAGGAAAGGCUAAUAUCCAUUGAAGAACACCUAUGCGAACUGUGCCAAGCCAUGGGGAUUUACGCGAGAAAAACGUCCAAGAUGAGAGAUGCAAAUGAUCUCCUUGCCUCGACACUGUAUGAAACUGCUUCCAAAGAAACGUUAAACAGAAGCACGAAAAAAGGGAUGCUGGAAUUGGCAGAGAACCUGGCAACAGUUGGCGAUAGCAGAGACGAAGCGACAAAAGAAUUGGAAAAAAAAGUACUUUUACCAUUAUCACAAUAUAAAGUUUACUGUCGUAACGCAAAACUGGAAACGAGGCACAUAUAUGGAGCUAAACAGAAGGAAUUGUUUAAAAGGCGACAGCUGGGGAAAGUUAGGGAGAAAGAUCCAUAUAACGUUCGUCAGAUUAUGAAAGCUGAAAAUGAUGUAAAUAAAGCAUCAAUAGAGGUAUCUCACACGCAAAAAGCUCUUGAAGAACAUGUGGAAAUUUUUGAAAAGAAGAAACUAAAAGAUAUAAAGCAAUUGCUGUUGCAGUUUGCCGAAUCAGAACUAGCCUUUCAUGCUGAAGCAGUUGGAAUAUUCACAAAAGCUUAUAAAGAUUUGUUGAAAAUAGAUAUAGACAGCGAUUUUGAGGAUUUUAGGCAAAUUUUGACGCAACAGCCGACAAAUUAUAAAGUAGAAACGUUAAAAAGGAAUAGUUCAAUUGAAAAAAUUGGUGCAUCCAGGCUGGGAGAAAACCUUGCGAGCUUUCUUAAGUUUUCGCCUAAACAAAUUCCAAAGAUGGCAACGGAUUUAAAAAAAGAAAUUGCUUCCUCUAAUUCCGCGAGGACGUCAGCAAUUCUUGGAUCGAAUAAUGAACUGUCAUAUGAUAGCUCGAGUGAAUCGGUGCCAACUUCAAAUAGCAAUAGGGAAAAUUCGCCUGAAGAGAUUACUAUUGAAAAUUAUCCAGUUGGAAACGUUAUCACAACAGACAGAUAAAAGUCUUAGCUUUGUUAAAUAUUUAUAAGUUUUAAACAUAAUAAUUACCACUGACAAGGUUCUACAGAAAAGCAGAUUUGUGUCUGUAAAACAACUACAUCACCGCCAACAAAUUAUUGUUUAAAUUAACACUCUUUAAUAUUGCCAGUCAUUUAUCCUUGUCUUAAAUAACAUUUGCUUAAUUCAGAAUGAAGGUUACUAAAAAUGUUGAAAAUACA